AGGAAUCCCUGCGAAAGGCUCAAGAUACUGUCAAGAUGGGGAAAACCUUGGAAGAAGAAGGAGUUAAAGUGAAGGAGGAGGAACGGGAGACUAUAGGCCGGGAGCAGAUUGACCUGGAUAUGAAGCUGGAAAAGAAGGAGGCCGUGUUGGAGGAGCGUGUCCGACGCACCGAGCAGCUCUUGCAGCAGGAAGAGAAGGAAUUGGAUGAUGAACUUCCUGCUAUUGAGCGUGAGGCUGGUGGCGAGAAGGUGAAACAGCUUAAGGAUGAAAAACUCCAGGUGGAAGCAGCCAGAGAAAGGUUGAGGGCGGAGGAGCUGGAGAUCAGGCAAUCCGAACGACGCAUCGACGAGGAAGUGAGAAGGCUCCGGAGGGACAGAGCCUUGCGCGUCUUCAACGUCCUUCCAGCCUUCAAAGUUCUUCUAGGGGCUGGCGGUGCCUAGUGAGGCCUAGUGCUAGGAGACUUCGAAUUAAAGUGCACCCUUGAAGAAAGCUCAAGGAAGCUUGCAACAUCUUACGACGUGCAUUGGUCUCUGCAUCUGAGAAGUG